AUGCCGUCCGAGAGGUGGGUAGUGCCGCUACCUGUUGCUGGAAAACGACCAGCAGAUACACCUGAGGCUCCUGCGAGUAGCGCCGGUCCCUUAGCAGAGGCUUGCGCAUUUAGAAAGCGUGACGUAAACAGCUGCAGCCCCGAGUGUGGCAGCAACUGGGCCACACCUCCCCUAGAGUGCGCUCCCCUCAAGUGCCUUGUACCUGUAGGCUAUACACUUCACGCGCUGCAUUCUUCUGUACGAGAAUUCGAGGCAAUUUCACAGGAACUUCCGGCGACUGCCGUUUCCUUACUAGAGCUGCGUGCCAACCCGCACCAGAACCCCCCUCAAGAGCUUACCGAGCUCUCUGUCCCUCUACAACUCUUCUCCUGCAGCAGAAGCGGCAGCAAGAACCCCUUCACCCCAUGCUACGCGGAGUGCACUAUAGAGUGGCAGGAGGCCCCUGCAGUGCAGCACGUGCUUUCGCUGCCUCUCGCUUCACCCUUCUGGGUGUAUCCGCAGCACCAUUCUGCGCUUGCUGCUCUGCAACCGGAGACGCAGUUUCUCAUAGCACGCCUCUCUGAGACUGAGCACAAGGACCAACAUUCGGAGGGACGGCUCCUGCUGCUUAGCCCCUUGACAGAUCCUGACGCUUGCAGCUAUGCUGCUCUGCAGCGUAGAAGCUGCAGCAGCAGCAGCCUCGCUGGUGCCGCCGCGUCAGAUGUCUUCGAGUUGCAAGUGCACUUAGAGAGGGGCCUCCUGCAAGACAAGCCAGCUAAGCUUCUCCUUUGUGUGUCUGCAGCAGAAGGCGUCUCUCUGCAAGAGGUCCUGCUCGUAUUCGCAGAGGCUGCAGCAGCCUUGCUGCCAUGCACUGGAUAUCCUCGGUCUGUCAAGGAGUUUAUCGUGCAACGGCAGAGGACGGCAGCAACCACAUCACCAGAGCAACAGGCAACGAGGAACCCUCCCCAGCCGCAGCAGCAGCAGCAGCAGCAGCAGCAGCAACAGCAACAGCUGCCGCUGCUGAGGAGCUUAGGAUGGUGCUCCUGGGAUGCUUUUGGUCCCCAUCUUCGAAUAGAAGGCCUUGAAGAAGUUGCAUCUUUGGGUCUCUUUGGAUGGCUUAUUCUAGAUGAUGGCUGGCAGCAAACGAGACCGUUCACGCCACAGUAA